UGUGCCAUGUCAUUGCCAAGUCAAACGUUGACCAUCACCAAUUUCAUAUUCACAUAAACAUUAACAGAACAUGUUUAACUUCAACGCAUUUCAAUAAAAAUUAAUUCAAAAAUAAAAGACAUACCGUAUUAUAAAACGGAUUAAAACGCAGACCCCCUCAAACAUUAAUUUGUAGAUCCCCAUUUCUUCUGUAAUAACUUCCUCUUUCUCUGCACUUUUGAAGCUAAAUCUACUACUUUAUCUUUUCAAGAUGAAUGGUGUUGAACAAUAUCGCCCAACCCCAAAAUUGAACCAAAGAAUCAUCUCAUCAAUGUCAAGAAGAUCUGUUGCUGCACAUCCUUGGCAUGAUCUUGAGAUUGGACCCGAUGCACCUGAAAUUUUUAACUGUGUUGUUGAAAUAACCAAAGGAAGCAAAGUCAAGUACGAGCUUGACAAGAAGACCGGGCUUAUCAAGGUUGAUAGAAUUUUAUACUCGUCUGUGGUCUAUCCUCACAACUAUGGUUUUAUUCCACGAACACUUUGUGAAGAUGGCGAUCCCAUGGAUGUGCUAGUGCUUAUGCAAGAACCAGUCAUCCCUGGUUGCUUCCUUCGAGCUCGUGCCAUCGGUCUGAUGCCUAUGAUUGAUCACGGGGAGAAAGACGAUAAGAUCAUUGCAGUUUGUGCUGAUGAUCCUGAAGUUAAACACUACACUGACAUCAACCAACUCCCUCCUCAUCGUUUGGCUGAGAUCAGGCGCUUUUUUGAGGACUACAAGAAAAACGAGAACAAAGAAGUAGCAGUGAAUGAAUUUUUACCAGCUACAACCGCUCAUGAGGCCAUCCAGCACUCGAUGGAUCUGUAUGCAGAAUAUAUCCUGCAGACAUUAAGGAGAUGAUCGAUGCUCUCUAAUAUAUUUCCGAGUCUAUAAUCAUGAAGGCUUUUCGUAACGAACUUAUAUGUAGUAGAGUUGAUGUCGAAAAUCUACAAAAUUUGUAUGCUUCUUUGAUUGGAUUGAUUUUUUUUUCUUGCUGAUAAAUUAAUUGAAGUGUAGUAAGCUGCUUGAACUUAGAAGUUGAAUUCAUAUUAUGCUUGUUUCAAAUUCAGGACUAUUAUUAUUAAAAUAUUUCUUCGAAA